AUGUUAGCCUACGUUAAAAGUUAAUUUUAAGUCCAGAAGUAAGAAGAAACUGAGUCAGCCAUGUAUUUAUUCAGCAGAUAUUUAUAAAGUACCUUCUUCUCUGACCUGUUAGGCACAGGAAUUGAAACUAUAGUCUUGUUUCUGCUAACCUACUUACGCCUUUCAGAGGAUAUGAAUUACUUCCUUACACAAUUCCAGUCAUGCUUUUCAUGAGAGCUAAUCUAAGAAAACUAAACUUUUUUUCAUACCCAGUGCCGUCGAUACAAAAUGAAAAUAGCCUUAUUUAGAAUUAUGAAAAAACCAUGUUCUUCAACCUUCUCUAUCUUAAUGACUAGAAGAAUGUCGUAGAGAAAGUUGGCACAGCUUUUAUGCAGUAAAAUGGUAAUAUCUAGGUGUUUAUAAGAGGCACCAACAUGAACGAAGCUUUCUAAUUUUCUGAAAAUAGAUCACAAAGCAAGGCAGCCUGUAGACUAUGGGGCGCUCAUUACAGGUGUAGGGUAUUUUACUGGCCUGUGCUUAUUACAGGAUAGAGUUGCUCAGGCGUGGUUUCAUGAUUUGACUUAAUGGGCUUUAUUCUACGUGGAAGUGUUUAAUGUUAACAUCAGAAUAAAGAGCAGCUGUCUAGGUGUUCUGGAGUGAGUGGUUGACCGUUGAUAAUUCGUGCAUUUUUAUCAAAAGACAUAAGUCUGAUUAUUAGGCGAGAAACACUGUAGAACUGUAGAAUUUCUUAAUUGCAGAUUAGCUGCAUUUUUUUUUUAUAUUAUACUUAUUCCAACUCAACUAUUUUAAUACUAUAAGGACCAGUGUAACUGACUUUCUCAACUAUGACCUAUUUUGUUUGGUUUCAUAAAGUUCAUUUCAGUAACUCCUCAUUUGUUCAACAUUCCACAAAUAUGAGUGCUUGUGAAUGCCAGGGAUUGUCUCGGUACUGGAGACAAAACAGCAAUUAAGGUACAGCCCCUGACCUCAUGGACUUUACUUUCUAGUGGGUGAGAUAGACCAGGGGUUAGCAAACUUUUUCCAUAAAGGGUCAAAACCAAACCCAUUGCUGUUGAGUCGAUUCAGACUCGUUGCAACCCUGUAGGACAGAGUAGAACUGCCCCACAGGGUUUCCAAGCUGUCAGUCUUUACAGAAGCAGGCUGCCACAUCUUUCUCCCUCAGAGCGCUGAUGGAUUCCAGCCACUGACUUUUGGUUAGCAGUUGAGCGCUUUAACGACUGUGCCAUGAGUGCUCCUCUGUAAAGGGCCGGAUGGUAAAUGUUUCCGGUUCUGUAGGCCCUAUGGUCUGUCGCCACGACUCAGCUCUGCCAUUGCUGUGCAAAAGCAGCCCUAGACGAUAUGUAAAUGAUGAGUGUGGCAGUAUUCCAAUAAUAUUUUAUUUAUGGACACUGAAAUUUGAAUUUCAUACAAUUUUCACGUGCUGUGAAAUAUUAUUUUUCUUUUUUAUCAACCAUUUAAACAUGCAAAACCAUUUUUUGCUUGCAGGCUGUAUGAAAAUAGGCAGUGGGGCUAUCUUUGGCCCACAGGCUGUAGUUUGGUGACCUCUAGUAGACUGUAAACAAGAAACAAAUAAUAUAAAUCAAGUAGUGAUGAGUGCUGUGAAAAAAAAAGUUCAGUUAUAUAGAUCAGAUGUUGUUCCAAGAAAUUCUGAUUUCUGAGGCUGGUUAAUAGGUAUUAUUUGGCUGCAGAGACCUCUUGAAAAAGUUGGGAAAACCCCAGGUUAGAUAAAAUGAAACAAAUUUUCUGUAUUUCUGCAGGCCAGCCCAGCCUUUUACAUGCAUUGCUGGGGUGGGGAUAAGGAUUGGGAUUAGGACUGGGUGUUAAUAUGAAGUAAUUUCCCACAUAUAUUAGUCUAGAAUUCUUUUUUCCAUGGAGCACCUCAUAGGAGUAGCUUUUCAUAGGUCCCUCUUUGGGAAGCAGGAAGCAGCCAUAACCAACCAACCAUAAAGCAAGCAAAAAGGCUUGUGUGCUUUGAAAAUGCCAGGAAAUCCUGUAAAAUAUAUGUACUUAACUCACAAGAUGUCUCCCAGGCUUUUACUCAGAGCCUUCUUAUUCCUUAAUUUUGGAAAUUAUUCCAACAAAUUUAGUUAUCAGGUUUUUCAAGUCCCAGCAGAUGAGAAGCAAAUAACUAGAAGGAGACAGGAAAGGGGUCUACAGGCAGACAUGCUGACACUUCUGAUAACUAAGUAGUAAGAGGCAGAAGCAUUUUCAAAAGCAGCUAGAGUUUCUUACAGAGGGGCAACUAAGCUUUUUUAACUCAGUAGUUCCUGAGGGCAUCAUCAUGUGAUAUAGUGCAGCUACUCGUUAUUGUUCGCCAUUAUUACUUUGAAAUGUCAAGAAAAGGUUAAAUUAUCACUAUCCUGUUUGAUGAGGUAGCAAAAUAUAUGGCACAUUUUAGAAAAGUUAUGUCAAAAAUAAAGAUAAAAUGAUACUUAGAAAUACACUUAAGAUCCCUUAAAAAACUGAAAAUUUAAUGAGUUGGUAUUAAACUCCUGCUGUGUCCCAGAUACUGCACUACACACACUCUGGUGUACUUCUUGCUUCAACUUCUAUUAUUGUUGGAAUACCAAAAUAUCUUUGAGUACAGUUUUACAGUUUCUUAAAAGCAAAUAGUUAUUUCUUGAAUAUGGUGUGGUAGAAAGAUUUGUUGUCAGGUUGGUUCUGGUAGCUAGGGUAACUUUGGGAAGAUCACUUUUUGAUUUUCUUCAGGUUCUUGUACUGCGAGAAGAUUGUGUCUCUGUGUACAUUUUAACCUCUUUGUGCCUGCCUUUCCUCAGCUGUCAGAUGCCUUACUUUUGUCCCCAAUUUUUUCAUUCUACAAAUACUGUGCUCCAGCCUAUUAUAUAGUCUUAUUCAUUCAACAAUUUAUUUUUCUCUACCACGUAUACCACAGGAUAUGGAUUCUAGAGCCUGACUGCUUAGCUUCAAACCCUGGCCCCCACCAUUUCUUAGCUGCGCUAUCAGGAAGUAACUUAACCUCCCUAUGCCUAAGGGAAACUCAGGUAAAAUAGCUAUAAUAAUGGUAGCGACCUUGUAGGGUUGUUGAGAGGAGUAGAUGAGUCAUAAAUUGCUUACGAAGGUGCUUGGCACGUAGUAAAUGCUCAAGAAAUGUUAGCUGUUGGUUCUGUUACUACUACUACUACUGCCACUGUUCCUACUGUUGUUACUAUCUUCCAGACACUGAAGAUACAGGAUAAAUAAGGCACAAUCCUUGCCCUGGAGGAAUUCACAAUCUAAUGGUUAGGGCAAAUAUAUCAGCAAACCAUUUUAGUGUUAAGCGGCGUCUUCGACAUCUUCGAAACAUUGCUGCCCGGAACAUUGUUAAUAGAGAUGGCCAUCAGCUCCUUGAUACCUACUUCACACUUCACUUGUGUAAUACAGAAAAGACCUAUAAAGAAUUUUAUAGAAGUGAAGUGAUUAAGAAUUCCUUGAAUCCAACGUGGCGGAGUCUGGAUUUUGGAAUAAUGCCAGAUCGUCUUGAUACGUCUGUGUCUUGUUUCGUGGUGAGGAUAUGGGGUGGAAAGGAGGACGUCUACCACCUGUUGAUUGAAUGGAAAGUCUGUUUGGAUGGACUGAAAUACUUGGGUCAGCAGAUUCAUGCCCGCAACCAAAAUGAAAUAAUUUUUGGGCUGAAUGAUGGCUACUAUGGUGCUCCAUUCGAACAUAAGGGAUUGGACCCUCCUGAUGACGUGUCCAAAGGUUAUUCACAUGUUCAGAAGAAUAUUCUUCAGGUGGAUCACAACUGUGUUCGCAAUUCUUAUGAUGUCUUCUCUUUGCUACGGCUUCAUAGAGCCCAAUGUGCAAUUAAACAGACUCAGGUAACUGUUCAGAAAAUUGGGAAGGAAAUUGAAGAAAAGCUAAGGCUCACAUCUACAAGCAAUGAGCUGAAAAAAGAAAGUGAAUGCCUGCAAUUAAAAAUUUUGGUGCUUCGAAAUGAACUGGAAAGGCAGAAGAAAGCUUUGGGACAGGAGGUGGCAUUACUGCAUAAGCAGCAAGAUGCAUUACAGGACAAAGGAAGCACAUUUUCAACUGAACACCUCAAGCUUCAGCUCCAAAAGGAAUCCCUAAAUGAGUUGAGGAAAGAGUGCACUGCACAAAGAGAACUUUUUUUGAAGACUAAUGCUCAGAUGACAAUUCGAUGCAAGCAAUUACUAUCUGAGCUUUCCUACAUUUACCCUAUUGAUUUGAAUGAACAUAAGGAUUACUUUAUAUGUGGCGUCAAAUUGCCCAAUUCUGAGGACUUCCAAGCAAAAGAUGAUGGAAGCAUUGCUGUUGCCCUUGGUUACACUGCACAUUUGGUCUCCAUGAUUUCCUUUUUCCUACAAGUGCCCCUCAGAUAUCCUAUAGUUCAUAAGGGAUCUAGAUCAACAAUCAAAGAUAAUAUUAAUGACAAGCUGACUGAAAAGGAGAGAGAGUUUCCACUAUAUCCAAAAGGAGGAGAGAAGCUGCAGUUUGAUUACGGUGUCUAUCUUCUGAACAAAAAUAUAGCACAGCUAAGAUAUCAACAUGGACUGGGAACUCCAGACUUGAGACAAACCCUUCCUAACCUGAAAAACUUCAUGGAGCAUGGACUAAUGGUCAGGUGUGACAGACAUCACACCUCCAGUGCAAUCCCUGUUCCAAAGAGACAAAGCUCCAUAUUUGGGGGUGCAGAUCUAGGCUUCUCUGGGGGGAUUCCUUCACCAGACAAAGGACACCGAAAACGGGCCAACUCAGAGAAUGAAAGACUCCAGUACAAAACGCCUCCUCCCAGUUACAACUCAGCAUUAGCCCAGCCUGUGACCACCAUCCCUUCCAUGGAAGAGUCCAAGAGAAAGACAACCUCUCUGUCCUCCUCCUUGGAUACUUCCUUAGACUUCUCCAAAGAAAACAAAAAAGGAGUAGAUUUGGAUAACAGCUUAAAUAGAGGCCAUGUAAGUAUGAAUACUAGCCAGGACCCAGGAGAGGAAGCCCCCUCUGGGCAUCCUGCCACGGUAAAUGGCACUCUUCUACCCAGUGAGCAGGCUGGCACCACAAACGUCCAGCUCCCAGGCGAGUUCCACCCAGUUUCAGAAGCUCAACUCUGCUGUACUGUGGAGCAAGCAGAAGAAAUCAUGGGGCUGGAGGCCACAGGUUUCACCUCAGGCAAUCAACUGGAAGCAUUCAACUGCAUCCCAGUGGACAGUGCCGUGGCAGUGGAGUGUGACGAACAAGUUCUGGGAGAAUUUGAAGAGUUCUCCCGAAGGAUCUAUGCACUGAAUGAAAAUGUAUCCACCUUCCGCCGGCCACGGAGGAGUUCUGAUAAGUGAGCAGACAGAGGUACUCAAUAGGACCAGGACAGAGUCGCUGCUUAAAAUGAGAAUAAAGCUGCACUUACCCUUUGUAAUAAUUAUGGAACAAAAUGAAUAUUAAUGGAGGAUAUUCCUCGAAAAAACAAAUUUUGGGAAUUGAGGAAAGACUCAGGAUCAUUGUGUAUCAGUGGGCCAGACAAAGUUAGAUUUUGCUUUCAAUAUUUGCUUUUCAGGCUUGACAGUUGUUUUAAGGCAGAAGUCACUCUCUAGUUUGAAGAGCUUGUAGCUCAUCACCUUCUCGUACUUGUCUGCUGUUUAUUUACACUUCUAUGUUAUCCUCAGAGGGAAGAUGAUAAUAUAUAUAAAUAAUAUAAUGAACUCACCUUUAGUUUCUCGUAAGCAUUUGCCCCAAACAGAGUUUAUGAAACUGGAACAUUGAAUAUUCAGAAAUAGGUCUCCACCAUUUCCUCAAGGGUCUGUGGCCAUCCAUCAGGUUGAUGAGUAAGCACAGUGGCCCUCCUGAUACCCAGUCCUGUCUUCCACUGCCGUUUCCCCCCCCAGCACCACAGUCAAGCUGUAGACCCCACUAUUGCCAUCACCUUCACAAUGGGUGGGUUAUACAUCUUGAAAACAGGAUAUGAGAUUCACCAUUUGUUUUUGUUUUUUCUUUUUUCUUUUUUUGUAUCCCAGUAGCCAUGACCUUCUGCCACCUCUAAAUAGCCAUACCCUUGAUGUAGCCCUCAAAAAUUGGAUAAAAAACCUCAUCUCUGAUGGAUCCCAGGGAAUCUUCAGGACCCCAGGGUUACUGUAGUUAGAUAGCAUCCAAUUCACUUUGGGGCCUAAUGUUUUUAUGUGGGCAGACGCUGUGGCCAAAAACUCAGCAUGCUUUCUGACAGUGCAUUCACUAGACAAAAUCCCUAUUUGUAAAUCCCACAUUAAUUUAUUAAAUUUCAGUCUGAAGGAAGGCAUUGUAUGUGAUGAAAUAUAUGUAGAGAGUCAUGUCGUCCACUGUACAAACUGCAAGGCAGUUGAGAUAGUUGGAAUAAGAGACUAAAUGAGGCAUAGAAUACUAUUGGUAUGUGUGCAAUUGCGUAAAUAUUAAAUUAUGUUUUUGAAGUCUGCUUGUCAUUCCUGGAGCUCAGAUUUCAUUUGCUGUUGCUUUAUAUUUUAUGUACCCAAGGACAUAAAGGACAUCGCCUCAGGGUUGCAAGCUCUUUAAGGAAAAUUUAUCCAUAUAUCCAUGUAUUAUAUAGAAGAAUAAAAUUUGAGUUUACUUCACCCGACCUGAUUUUUUUCCAGCUUUGUACUUCCUCUUGAACCUGCAUCUCCACAUGCCGCAUCAUGUCAGGACUAGCCUGAACAACGGCCAUGGCUGUAUCUAAGCUAACGUUGUUAGCUUCAUCGGAGCUUACAUACUACGCAUAGCAACACAGACACCUCCACAGGCGUGCUCUCCAACAGCUGCACUUCUCCUAGCAAACAACUUAACGUACAAGUCUCAUCAUCAUUUUCAUAUUCUGCCCAAGCAUUCUUAGGCUCCACUUUAAUUUAUAGCUACAUUGUUGAAUGCAGUAGUUCAUAUUGUUAUUGUCUAUGCAAGGAGAACUCAGAAUUACUGCAUAGCAGAUAGACCCCACCCUCCGGCAACUGAAAGCUUUAACUUCAUCUGAUGAAGUCCAUCUCGUUCCAGAUAAAGAGCUGGUGUUACUCCACAUCUAGAGCGAAGCCAUCUGUAAGGUUAUGGCCUCUUUGCAGUGUACCAUCGUUCAUUUUCAAGUCAAAGAGGGUGAACACAGUCUUGGAUAGACAUCAGUCAGACUGGGCUGCAGGGGUCCUCCAGUGAAGCAACAUCUACAAAAUGGGGAAUUCUGAAGGACUGUGUUAGUAUCGAAAAGUGGAAGGUGAAUUGCAUGUGGUUUGUGAUUUCCCCAGGCACAAGAGUGGACUUUUAAACUUCGUGUGAAACUCAAAGACAGGGUUCAUUCAAUUGCAGGCCCUCCAGCCUGGCUCCCCACUGCCAAGCGGGAGGGACAUGUCCAGGGUCCUUGUGGUUACAGUGUUGAUCUCAGGUUCUGCACAACCAGAUGGAGCCUGGAGCUCUGGGCUUCCAUCCAUCAGUCUCCCCUUGGUGGACUCCCUGAUUUUGGGGUUCACAGCUUUUCACCUCCACAGCUUGGAGCUCUGCCAUUGGAUGUGAUCAGAUAGCCCUGAACUGAUUAAUAGUCACUUCCACGUUUGCUUGAUUCACACUGUGGCCAGCGAUGUGUGCCUCAAAACACUGCUUAGGUUUGGGUUUGUUUAGUUUGGGUUUUGGCUUUUCAUCCCAGUUUGUUUGAUUCCUGCAGUUUCUGCCACCAUCUAUCUAGAACCUACAGUAUUACGUGUCUCCAGGAAUAACCGUUCAUUUUCCAAAGCUGUGGCACUAGUUUUGCCUCUGCUUAAAGUGGAAAAUGUGGGAUGAGUUAUUAUCUCCCACUCAUCUUUUUAAUCUUGUAAGUCACCAAAAAAAGGUUAUUUUAUUUUAUUUUUUGCUUUGAAGAUAUAAAUUGAAAUGGGAGCCCACACUACUAUCCAUUCCUGAACUGCUAAGAGCCCUUUCAGUUUUCACGUAGCUGAGAUACUUACCAGCCGGCAGAUAUUAUCAAAUGAGUAUUUGAUUGUGUUUUCUCUUUCCAUUUCCCCUUACCCGCCUUAGAAAUUCCAGAGAUUUUUUUUUUUUCCCUCAGAAUAUUAGUUUUGGAAGAUUGUAUCCAGCUAUAUUUUUAUAGCAGUCCUGAUGGUGCCCAUUUAUCCUGACCUAACCGGUUAUUUAAAUAAUUUUUUAAACCACCACCAAUAAUAAAUGGCAUGUGAAACUGAUCUGUUGGUAAUUGGAAAAAAACUCAGCAUCUGUAUUUAUAAAAUAAAAUUGAUUAGUAUUUA